AUGGCUGAUUUAAGUGGUGGUUGGGAUACUGGAAAGAUCUACUCUACGGCAGUCUUUCCUGGAGAACAGAAAGAUGAAUCUGCUAUUGUUGUUGAGCGCAAGUUUCUUGACUUUCUUCGUAGUUAUCGUCAAGAGAAUGUCUUCAUUUACAGGUUGCAACUUCGUCAAAACCUGUUGAUCAAGCAAAACUAUAUCGAAGUGGAUUUGGCCCAUUUGAUGAACUUUAACGAAGAGCUUGCCAACAACUUUAAAGAAAAACCAAAGGAAAAUCUUGUUUUGCUUGAAAAGGCUGCAGUCACUCUUGCCUUGCAAACCGAUCUUUUAAAUGCGACUUCGAUCUAUCAGUCUAUACAGGUUAUGAUUCUCUCUAGAGCAAAUCCGCUUCCCAUUAGAGAUCUUGAUACACCAUUCAUCUCCAAGUUGGUUCGUAUUCCCGGCAUCAUUAUUUCUUCAAACAACCCACAAUCCAAGGCUACCAUGCUUCAUAUUAUGUGUCGAUCAUGUCGUCACGUUAAACAUCUGCAGCUCUCUGGUGGUUUAACUGGUGUUCGUCUUCCUCGUUUAUGUGAUAGCGAGCCCGAUAUUUCUGGAGAAAAAAUCAAAUGUCCUGUUGACCCAUACAUAAUUGUACACGACAAGAGCAAGUUUGUUGAUCAACAGACUCUGAAACUUCAAGAAAGUCCAAGUAUGGUUCCAGUAGGAGAGCUUCCACGUCAUCUGCUUAUGACUGUUGAUCGGUAUCUCACUGGCAUGGUCAAUCCCGGAAUGCGUGUUACUGCCACGGGUAUUUUUACCACUUUUGAUCAGCAAGCAUCACAAAAAGGAAAAAAUGCAGCAGCAGUGGCGCUUCGAACUCCGUAUCUUCAAGUUAUUGGCUUUGAAUUGGACAUUGAUGGCACUGGAAACAAUGUCCGGUCGUUUACAGCCUUGGAAGAGGAAGAGUUUUUAGCCAUGUCUCGCAGACCCAAUCUAUACCAAGAAUUUACAUCCAGUGUUGCUCCUCAGAUUUACGGAAGCGAAGAUAUCAAAAAAGCAAUUGCCUGUCUUUUGUUUGGUGGCUCUAAAAAGUUUCUUCCAGAUGGUAUGAGGCUACGUGGCGACGUUAACGUUUUGAUGUUGGGUGAUCCUGGAACUGCCAAGAGUCAAUUGCUGAAGUUUGUUCAAAAAGUUGCUCCUAUUGCAGUUUAUACUUCAGGAAAAGGAAGCAGUGCUGCGGGUUUGACAGCUUCUGUGAUCCGUGAUGCCCAAUCUAGAGAGUUUCGGUUAGAAGCAGGUGCGAUGGUUCUUGCUGAUGGGGGCGUAGUAUGCAUUGACGAAUUUGACAAGAUGCGCGAGGAAGAUCGUGUUGCUAUUCACGAAGCCAUGGAGCAGCAGACCAUUUCAAUAGCAAAAGCUGGUAUCACAACUGUUCUUAAUUCCAGAACAUCAGUUCUAGCAGCUGCCAAUCCUGUAUUUGGUCGUUAUGAUGACAUGAAGAGUCCUGGCGAGAAUAUCGAUUUCCAAACCACUAUUUUGUCACGUUUUGAUCUUAUUUUUAUUGUUCGAGAUGAACACAAUGAGGAGCGCGAUUCUAUCAUUGCUCGCCAUGUUGUCGGGGUUCAUAUGGAUUCAUUGCAGCGAAAUGCGCCUGAAGGACAGUUUGAUAUUCAAAAAAUGCGUAGUUAUAUUGGUUAUUGUAAAGCUAAAUGUGCAGCAAGGUUGAGUAAAGAGGCAGCGGAGAAGCUCAGUAGUUACUUUGUGGAGAUGCGUCAAAAAGUUCGUUUGAUGGACGCCGAUGCCACAAUUACCAAGAUCAAAUCUGCUAUUCCAAUUACGGUUCGUCAGCUUGAAGCCAUUAUUCGUGUUUCUGAAUCUUUAGCAAAAAUGACACUAUCACCUGUUGCUACUGAGAUGCAUGUUGACGAGGCCAUUCGUUUGUUCAACCACUCUACUAUGAGUGCUAUUCAAUCUGGAAUGGGCAAGUUUUCAGAGGAAGUUGAGCGGAUUGAAGACUUGAUUCGACGACGUUUUGCCAUUGGAUCGUCCAUGUCUGAGCGACGACUCAAGGAGGAACUAUUGAAGCAAGACUUUUCACAAGCGUCAAUUGACAAGGCAAUGUUCAAGUUGAUGCAAAAGGAAGUUUUGAUUUAUGAGGAGAGACGAACCAAAGUCCGUCGUGUCCGACUUUAA